AGGCAAGCGGCAUCCUCUCUCUUUUUCCCUCUUUCUCUCCCUCCCCCCUCUUUUUCAUCUCUCUCUUUUUCUCUCUCCUUUCCCCUCGCACACACACACACACACACACACACACACGUACGCAUACACACGCGUACUCCGUCACACUGCAGCAGAAGGAAGAGAACACACUGUGAAGCUGUGAGGUUGGAUCAGGCCUCUCUGCUCAUCUCUCCAGUGGAACACAACCUGUCUCUCUCCUCCGCUCUCCUUCAAGGACUACUGCACCCAGGGAGUGCCUGCUGUCUCUACGCUUGGACUUACUGCAGCACGACGGAUAUACCUAGAAGGCCUUUCUCUUUUUUUACUCUUCGUUUCUUGUUGCUAGGCAGUGUUGGCUGAGCAUCAGGCCCUCAUAUGUGUGUUUAAGCGUGUAUGCAUGUAUGUGAGUGUAUGACAGGGUCCUCUUCUCCAUCUGACUGAGCACACGCUUGAACGUGGGACAGUUUUACAUCCCACCUGUCAUUCUUUUACGGGUGGCAUCCUUUGCAUCCUUAUCACUUGCUGCUCUUCUUCCUCCUGAACAAGGCGGACUGUAUCCCAGGAUGCUGAGCAGCAAGCCACUCUGCUAGGCCGCAGCAUGGGCAAAGCACCGGGGGGGUGGGACAGCACGGAUUGGUCGGCUCUGUUCCGGACGGGCGCGCUUACGCACUCCGCCGCUUCCGAUGGGUGAGGACGGCGAGAGCUCCAAAAUCAAUCACAGCUUCCUCCGAGACUAUGUCACUGAAGCUGAUGUCAUUUCUACAGUUGAGUUUAACCAGACUGGGGAUCUGCUGGCCACAGGGGAUAAGGGAGGGAGAGUGGUCAUCUUCCAGCGAGAGACAGAGUCUAAAGGUGAAUCUGAGGAACUUGGAGAAUCAGGUGAGUAUAAUGUCUACAGUACGUUCCAGAGUCAUGAACCAGACUUCGACUAUCUGAAGAGUUUAGAGAUUGAAGAGAAGAUCAACAAGAUCCGAUGGCUGCCACAGCAAAACGCUGCCCACUUUCUCCUCUCAACCAAUGAUAAAACUAUAAAGCUAUGGAAGGUGAGCGAGAGAGACAAGCGACCAGAGGGCUACAAUCUGAAAGAUGAAGAAGGGAGAAUUAAAGACAUUUCCACCGUGACCUCAUUACGGGUGCCAGUCUUGAAGCCCACUGACCUGAUGGUUGAGGUUCGGCCCAGGAGAAUCUUUUCUAAUGGCCACACCUACCACGUCAAUUCUAUCUCAAUCAAUAGCGAUGGAGAGACCUAUCUGUCUGCGGAUGAUCUCAGAAUCAACAUGUGGCACCUGGACAUCACAGACAGAAGCUUCAACAUUUUGGACAUUAAGCCAGCCAAUAUGGAGGACCUGACAGAGGUUAUAACAGCAGCAGAGUUCCACCCGCACCACUGUCACUUGUUUGUUUACAGCAGCAGUAAGGGCACGCUACGCCUCUGUGACAUGAGAGAGUCUGCACUCUGUGACAAGCACUCCAAAAUCUUUGAGGAGCCAGAGGACCCAGGCAAUCGUUCAUUCUUCUCUGAGAUAAUUUCAUCGGUUUCUGAUGUCAAGUUCAGCCAUAGUGGACGAUAUCUGCUCACCAGAGACUACUUAACUGUAAAGGUAUGGGACCUCCAUAUGGAGAAGGGCCCAGUGGAGACCUACCAGGUUCAUGAGUACCUAAGAAGUAAGCUUUGCUCUCUGUAUGAAAACGACUGCAUCUUCGACAAGUUUGAGUGUGUCUGGAAUAGUACAGACAGUGUAAUCAUGACAGGAGCGUAUAACAGUUUUUUCCGGAUGUUUGAUCGAGAGACCGGUCGUGGUGUGACCCUCGAGGCGUGGCGCGAGAGCAGUAAACCACGAGCCGUGCUACGGACUCGCCGCAUUUACUCCGGGGGCCGUCGGCACCGGGGUGAAGUGGGCGUUGACAGUCUGGACUUCAGUAAAAAGAUUCUGCACAUGGCUUGGCACCCGGCCGAAAACAUCAUCGCCAUAGCAGCCACUAACAACCUCUAUAUCUUUCAGGACAGGGUCAACCCGGAAAACCAGUGACAUAAGAACUCUAAGAGGCAGAAAUAGUGAUCUUCACAGGGCCACAACACAAACAUCCAUUAAAAAAACACACACACAUAUAUGCACUAAAAUGUAUUCUUUAAAAACAUCAAUUACAAAACAAUCAUAUUAUUGUCCCUGUGGAGAUGGAAAUAGUUGCCAAACUCCUACAGUACACAUAUGGAAUUUACGGUUAAGCCGUUCCAACAGAAGAGAUCUGCACAGGUGCAGGAGCGUUUAUGUAUAGCCAGAGACUUUAUCCAAUAUCUCUCUGGUUAAUUACAUGGCAAGAAUGUUGCAAAUGGUACGUGGAAUUUACGUGACGGUACAUUUACGGAAUUUACGAUUGACUGCAUGCUCAGCCAAUCCUGGACUCGAUUGAUAAGUGACUGAUGGUGUUGUCAACCAUUCCCAGAAUGCACUGACCUGUGACUGACAGCUAAUAGGGAUGGUGAAAAGGGUGGUGCUUCUAGGCUGAAGACUAAGAAAGAGAUGGCUCCAAUUCUCCAUGCCAGGUUGCCAUGGAGACAGGUUACUCAGCUGUGAUGGUAACAAGAGUGCUCUAAGCAGUCUUCCUAUCACGUGCUUCCCAAAAUCCUAUCCCACAAUGCAUCUGCUAAACAAGCACUCAUUUUCCUUCACAAUGAAUUUAUCAUUUGUGGAGACAUGGAUGCAGAGAAGAACAAAUUACUAUAACACUCUUGGAGGAGGUUCAAAUUCCAGAACAUGUCUUGAAUAUACACUAUCAGAUCGAAAGGAUUGCUCCUUCAGGACACUCACUACUUCAUUGAAACACUGUUUUAACUGGAUUACACCUCACAAUGUGUUAUAUCUACACCUGUGUGGUAAGAAAGGAUGGACCGAUGUUAAAAUGUAGUUAUAGCCUCUUUAUUUUUGAUUGUACUGAUCCCUUAAAUAAAGUUAAAUCAUUAGAAAAUAAAUGUGAAAAAUUUGCAAAACAGCAGAAACGAUGAAGACAUGGAAAAUAUUGCAAUUUACAGAAAUGGCAUAGAUUUGUCUUGAACAUUGGGGGUUGCAGCGUGACGAAGUUACAUAUUUCCAUUGA